CUGAACUAUGACACUUUUGCGAAGUUUCGUUAAAGAAGAAGAAGAAGAAGAGAGGAGAAGAAAAGGAGAAAACGAGAAGAAAACGAGUCGCAAAUCGUCUGUGGUUAUCGGUUAACUGCUCCUAAAGAGAUUCCAAGAAACCGAAGAAAUGGAAAGUGAUGCUAGCAAUGGCAAUUUGAUAAACAUAACUGUGAAGUUCAGCGGAAGAUCCAUACCAGUCUCUGUUUCUUUGGACUCAACGAUCAAAGACUUCAAAUCUCUUCUUCAACCUCUCACCAAUGUUCUUCCUCGUGGCCAAAAGCUCAUUUUCAAGGGGAAGCUGUUGAUGGACUCCAUGACUUUAAGGCAAUCAGAGGUCACUAAUGGGGCAAAGGUCAUGCUAAUGGCCUCCCAAGGAUUGCAUCAAGGGGAUGGUCCCAUUCUAAAAGAUGCUAAAACCCGUCCCAUUUCAAGGGAUAAUCUUGCUAAUAAAAUGGUGAGUCAAAAGACUGAAUUUUCUAUAGAUAAGAACUGUUUGGAACGAUGGAAGGUCACUGGAGUUAUUGCUUUGGCUGAAUGCAAAUUGAAGGUGCUACCUGAUGAGGUGUGGGCUUGCGGACCUUCUGCUAGAGUUCUUGACAUCAGCAACAACUUCGUUCAAGAUUUACCAACCAAAAUUGGCUGUAUGAGUUCUCUGCAGAAACUGUUCCUGACGGGAAAUUGCAUGUCAGAUGAAUCUACUCAUUGGGAAGGACUAAAAUUUUUAGGCCAUCUAACAGUACUAUCUUUGAGCCAAAACUGUUUAAAGGUGUUGCCUUCUGAAUUGGGCGCUCUGAGUUCCUUGAAGCAUCUUCAUGUCUCAAACAAUAUGUUGAAUUGUCUCCCAGUUGAAAUUGGACUCCUCACUCAGCUGGAGGUUUUGAAAGCCAACAACAACAGGAUUUGCACCAUUCCAACUUCUAUAGGGGACUGCAAAUCUCUUGUUGAGGUUAAUCUUUCAUCAAAUCUUCUGACAGAGUUGCCGGAGUCAUUUAGCAAUUUGCAUAAUUUGAAGGCUUUGUACCUAGGUAACAAUGGGUUAAAGUCUCUCCCUUCUGGAUUAUUCAAGAUGUGCCUGCAACUCUCAACACUGGAUCUCCACAACACAGAAAUUACAAUGGAUAUUCUUCGUCAGCUUGAAGGAUGGGACAGUUUUGAGGAACGCCGUCGCUCAAAGCAUCAGAAGCAACUGGAUUUCAGAGUUGUGGGCUCUGCUGAAUUUGAUGAAGGCGCUGAUAAAAACUGAUGAUCUGAUUCUGGUGUUGCAUUUGACAACGGAACAAAUUAUUAGCACCAACUGGUUUUCUUACAAAUUGCCAAUAAGAAAUUGGUUAUGCUUUGAUUUAGUUGUGAGUAGCAAAGUGAGAAUGUAGAAAUGUAGUUGCAGCCACACUAAAUGGUUAACAAUCAUCCAAAAAGCCAGACAUUUUUCACACAAAGUCUCUCUAAUUUUAUUAAUCUUGUUGAGCACGAGAUCUGAUGGGAGCCGAAUGAUUCAUUGAUUUGCCAAUCUUUAAGAGGUACCCUCGUUGAAUGCAUAAUUUGUUCUUGUUA